AUGUUUCCCCCACUGCUACUCACUCUUCUUCUCGUGUCGAUACUGUCUGAGGGUGCGCUGAUUCCCGGACCACAUCCAAACGAUCUUCGAAAGAAGUUCAUCGAAGAACGAGACCUACCCUAUCCGCAGCGCGCAGCUCGAGCUCCAACGGCCUCAAACCCAUUCAUCCAUGUGACACAGCCCACUGCUCCUUUAAGCAGCGCGACUCCAUUCGUUCAUGUGACUGCGCCGACAGAAACAUUUUCUGUUGAUACUUCAGAGCCGGCAUCUGCUACAGUGUCGGAUACCACCGCAAAUCCUUUUAUCGGCUCUACAACAUUGACGAGUCCAGGCACUCAGCCAAACCCUUUCAUCACAGGAACCAUUCCUAAUCCCUCCUCUACUUGUUGUGAAAGGGACACACAGUCGACAGCUCUCGCCGGCAGAGACGAGGUCUCGUUCAAGAUACUUGGUGGUAUCGGAGGCUUGGCGGCAUUUAUGAGUACUCAAAGGUUUACAUCCACCAUUCGCAUCCUAGAUGGAGCCACUUCCAGCGUAUUAGCUCUUGGAUCUCAGCCCACUCUACUGUCAAACAAACCUGAGACUGCAUACUUCACGGAACAGACCCCCAGCGCUAAUAUGCUACUAAGUCAUCCCUGGAGCAUUAGCGAAUUCUCGUAUGCGGACCCAUUCCUCGCAUCUGUCCAACGUUCGGGAUCUUGGGUGGAAGUCAACUCGCUUUUCGAAGAAACGACAGCGGAAGACUCAACUUUAGCAGCGACAAUGACGACGACGGCAACGGCUACGACUAGGAUUACUGCGAGAACAGCCUUCACCACAUCACCGCCUGUUACGUCGACGACUGCUCAACCCUCGAACGGAUUAGUAAACGCCAUGCUAAUACCUUGGAAGCUUGUCAUUGGUGGUACUAUCUUGACGGGCGUGGUUCUUCUUGUACAGUAG